GUUUAAACUUCUAGCUUACUUUUUACUGAAAUUAAUUACUGUACUAUACUUUAUUAAAGCAGUUUUGAGUAAGUAAACAAGCUAUUUAUUUUUAUGAUGUUUGACACUUUACGUGAUCACAUACCGCUUGUAAGUGAUUAAACAUCCUAAAAAUAUCUUUAUCUACCCAUUCGAAGCUGCGUUAUUGAAGUAUAUUUGAGUCGUGAGUAUCUCUAAAAAAAUUCUUACUCUCUCUAGGUAAUGUGCAACAACGCUGGCCUCGAAGCUGUCCCUUCUGAUCUUCCACAACUUACCCGUCAGCUCUCUCUCUCCAAUAACAGGAUUAGGAGGAUAGGUUUCGCUCAAUUCCGUAACCUAACCUACCUUCGACGGCUCAUUCUAGACAACAACCUAAUUUCAGAAGUUGCACCUGAUGCUUUCCUAGGACUUGGCGACUUAGAAGUGCUAAGCCUUCAAAACAACCCUUUAACAGUCUUGUCUUCACGAGCUUUUUCUGGUAUUUAUCGUGUUCGUAGUUUAUAUCUGGGCUACAAUCGUGUUGCCGCUGUAGAAGCUGACGCCUUUUCUGAUAGCGGAAAUAUCAAAACUUUAUCUUUGCAAGGUAAUCCUAUAAAAGUUCUCCAUAGCUUUGCCUUCCAGGGCCUGCACAAUGUAGAACUGUUGCACUUACCUUACAAAAUUCAAACUAUUGAGCCAAAUGCUUUUAAUGGACUGACCAAUGUUUCUCUUUUACGAUUGGAGGUCUUAGACAUUGAUGAACUACUAACUGACACCUUUCGUGGAUUGACUUCUGUGUCCACCUUGAUUAUUAUCAAGUCCCGGAUUGGUUAUUUGAGAACCCGUACUUUUCAAGGCCUUUCUAACACUAAAUUGAUAUCUCUAGAGGACAACAACAUUGAUACUACUGAUCGUGCUGUGUUUGCCGGGUCCAGAAACAUAGAAAAACUUCGUAUUAUCAACAAUAAGUUCUUCAACCUACGUCCCGGUGUUCUAGACGGACUGCUUCCCGAGACUUCAACAUCUGUAAAUGUUUCUGGAAACCUCGUCCCGUGUGAUUGUCGGCUUCGAUGGAUGGCUGAUCACGCCCUUGUUGUACCCACAAUCAUGAGAGACAAUAGAUGUCGGUCCCCACCACAGCAUGAAGGAAAGACCUUGAACUCAAUCCCUCUAGAAGGCAUCCCCACUUGUUUGCCUGAAGAAUUUCCAAUCGGCCUAUCAAAGGAUAAGGGAAACGAUGUGGAUCGUUUGAUAUCAAAUUGCAAAGUUGUCAUAAGUUUUAUAAUAGCUAUACUCGGGUUUCUAGCAUAUUUCUAAUACAGAGGUUUUCAUAAACGCUUCGUCUAGUCACCGAUUUUUUAUUUAUGUUUGUUUUACACAUCUUGUUGAUUUACAGGUUAUACCACUUUUCUGUUAAGAUGUCUUUGAUGAUAUUCCCGAUGUUACAGAUUUUUAUCACUAAAAAUAAUAAAUCUGUAUACUUUAAGCAAUAGUAGUAAAUGAAUAAUAAAGAAAGUAGUGUGGUCGAAAUUUAAGUUUUUUUUUUUUUUUUCCUGUAUUGUGUUUAUUGGUGACAACGUUUCUGGCUCCAUGCUGAAUCCUUCUUUUAUACAAGCUUGAACGUAAAUCCUUUCUUAAUGAACCAAACAUUACUGGAGAUCUCGAAAUUUUACACUAUUAUCCUACUGAUAUAAAAGUCAUUCCGUUUUCUGACAGUCAUACGUUGUUGUUUUUUUCUAUACUAGCGGAAGUGAUAACUUAAUGGUUAGCAUGCCGACCUGCAGAUUAUAAGGUCCAAGGUUUCAGUCGCGAUAUGCCUCUAAUUUCAUUCCACGCCUUCAGCUGUGGGAGCUUUAUAACUGUGACAGAAAAUCUCGCUAUUUCGUUAAGAUGGGCCGUGUAAACAAUGUGUGCUUCUAACUGAUUGCCCUCUCUCUUCGGUCAGCAGUUCUACAUUAGAGAUGGAUAAGCUUGGACCUUAAGGUUUUCUGACGUGGCCCUUUAGCCCAUUUGUCCUGUAAGAUGUCGUUCAGAUAGAGAAUAUAAAAUACUUACAUUAUAAUAAUGCUUUAAAUCUACAUUAUUUAGUAAUAAUUCUUCACAAGGUUAGUAUCUUUUAGUUGUUUUUUUAUGGAAUGUCAAGUUAAAAAAUUAAACGGAAAUUGGCUGCCCUGUGCUUUUGUAGAAACUAAUACAGAAUUCAUGGUUUGCAGUAAUAUGAUCUUUAAAACGUAACACAGCUAGAAAGAAAUUAUACUAGUACAUACAUAAGUUUAGUUAUUACGCUUUUUGAUAUCUGAAGGCACACAAUUUUUGAUUACGCAAUUCUUAAUUGACAGAAAGACAGCAUUUUUCUUUGAUUCUCCAAAACAACCUCAUCCUAUGACAAUUUUUAUAUAUGAUAAUUAGUUAUUACGUUAUGUAAUUUAUUGCUACUGGUGUGUUUCAGACACCUUUUACACAAAGCUUGCAGAAAACAAAAGCCGUCACUUCAGCGUUCAAUUUAUAAAAGGGUUUUUUUAAUCGUAAUUAUUACAAAAGCACGCAUGCUUAAAUUUUCUGCUACAUGCUAAAAUACUGUUACGAUAGCGGAAGUCACAUGACGCUAGUAACACGUUAUGAGCUUCUAGAACAUUCAUGAAACCUCAAGAGACUACUAGAUAUGCGGUAGUCUUGUAUAUAAGCUGCCAAGAACUGAUGGCAACAAUGGUAAUUGAACUGCGGACAGAGAGAGACUAUUGUUGAGUCAAGCACGUGAAAUAUAGUAUUUGUUAUAGCGUGACUGUGGAAAUUAAGUGUAUUGCAAAGUUGUAUUUAGAAAGAAUAAACC